AUGAGAAAAGAAAACAUUUACGGUCUCAUCGAAUUAAAAAAGAAUCAAAAUCAAAACGGAAAUCGAAGCGAAAUCGAAUUAAAAUCUUCAAUCGAAGUCUUGAAUCGAAGACUUGAAUCGAAGACUCGAAUCGAAGACUCGAAUCGAAGACUCGAAUCGAAGACUCGAAUCGAAGACUCGAAUCGAAGACUCGAAUCGAAGACUCGAAUCGAAGACUCGAAUCGAAGACUCGAAUCGAAGACUCGAAUCGAAGACUCGAAUCGAAGACCCGAAUCGAAGACUCGAAUCGAAGACUCGAAUCGAAGACUCGAAUCGAAGACUCGAAUCGAAGACUCGAAUCGAAGACUCGAAUCGAAGACUCGAAUCGAAGACUCGAAUCGAAGACUCGAAUCGAAGACUCGAAUCGAAGACUCGAAUCGAAGACUCGAAUCGAAGACUCGAAUCGAAGACUCGAAUCGAAGACUCGAAUCGAAGACUCGAAUCGAAGACUCGAAUCGAAGACUCGAAUCGAAGACUCGAAUCGAAGACUCGAAUCGAAGACUCGAAUCGAAGACUCGAAUCGAAGACUCGAAUCGAUGA